CGAGAGGCCCAAGAGCCAAUGCCAGGCUCUCUGCUUCAUCGCGGAUGCUGCCAACACAGGAUACCGCUAGGUUUGACGGUCAAAUGACGUCAUAAACGUCCACUAUCUGCCUCACCCAUUUGUUUGGUUUAGAUUCAGGACAGCCUUAGCUCAGUCCGUCCACCUCCCAUCACGUCUGUUGCUAUUAGCUCAGGACCGUGAGUCCGUGUCUCGGCGAUGCCUUCAGUUGUCAGUAAGCUACUUAGAUUACCUUCACCGCAGUUGUCUUUAGGUGGUUAUCGCAGGAGCCGAGAGUGGAAGAUUCUCAGUGACGGUUGUGAACCGACGGCGACCAUUCUCUUCGUUCCCUCCGCAGUAAAGAGCGUUUGACGCGUCAGCACGCGGCCAGCAGUGACAUCCGUGAGAGCUGACGGCCGGCAGAGAGACCAUCGGACCGGCAUCAGGCCGCCAUCAAAUCGUCAGCAGUGUGCUGGGCACUUUCAGCAGUGCUGGUCGAGUCUGGACGAGUCGACUGGACGAGUCUGACUGGACGAUUCUGACUGGACGAGUCCGACUGGACGAGUCCGACUGGACGAAUCUGCUUUUGUCAGAGCGUCAGUCGCCGCUGAGAUGAUUCCUGGCGCGCCCUUCUCCUCCGCUUUGAUCCCCCCUGGCUCAGUGGGCGCAUCCCUAGCGGCUGUUAAUAAUGGCUCCGCGGAGGUGUCGCUGUCCUCGGCGUCGUGGCAGUGGGACCCUAUUGGCUUUUGGGACGACCCCCCUGCUCCGCUUCUGCAGCCGACUCUCUCCUCCCCGCCAACUGCCUUCCCAACCUCCAUCCCCACACUGGCAUCAGCGCCUGAAUCGGCACAAGCGUCGUUACUACCAGGCUUGCCGUCAGCUGCAGCUGCCGCCCCCGCCUCUGCCCCUUACUCACCAUCCGCGCCCCCCGCUCCGACUCCCAUGCUGUCUUGCGAAGGAGCUUUCGCAUCCCCGGUAUUAGCCCCCCAAAUAAGCGGCAUUGCAGGCCAGUCGCCUCAAUUUGACCCUCUGGUGUUCCCCGGAGGCAUUGCUUCAUUCGCCGCAGCUCCUGCGGCUCCUGCCAGUGCCUCUGCUGCUGCAUCUGCUCCCGCAGUAGGGGGUGGUGGGGGCAGUGGGGUUGCUGGGGGCACCAGCGCACCACUGUUACCGGACAUGCCGUUUCUCGACUCGCUGGUGGGACCAGGGAACGCGGCAGGGCCAGGAGCGGCAACGGUGGCAGUUUCCGGACCGGCGUGGGGAGGGCUGGCGCCGGACGGCGACUGGUGGAUGCACAUGGCGGACCGGGCGGCAGCAGCGCUGUCGCAUGAGUUUAAUACGGAUGGGGCAGGAGGGGGAGGAGGAGGAGGAUUAGGAGGAGGAGGGGAGUGUGUGGGGUUGGAGCCGGGGGAGGGUUUAGGUGCCGGAUCAAUGCCUGGUCCUGGGCUGAUGGCGCGGGCAGCAGGGGUAAAUUCCGGCGCGGGUGUGGAGGAUGAAGAAUUAGAGGCUUGCAUGAUGGGAGCUAUACAACAGCAGCAGCAGCAGCAGCAGCAGCUAGAGGAGGAGGCAUCUGCGGCUGCCUUAGCCACCAACCCGAACGCAGCGGCUCUGGCAGGUUCUGGCUUGCUUUGUCCCGGGUCCCACGUAGCGCAGCCCGGUGCUCCUCUGGAGGCGACUCAGAGCCAGUGCGGUAUGGCGGGGUUUGGCAGCAUGGACUCAUUUUCGGGAGAGGCGCGCGUGGUGGAGCGGUUCAGCCAACUGUGUAACGAGACAGGGGGGAACGCGGGUGUGUGUGGGCGUUGGCCAGUGAUUCAGCAGACGCAGCAGCUGCUGCAGCAAGAGCAGCAAGCAGAGUUGCCUCAGCAACCAGAGGAGGCGUGGCGUAUGCCGUUGCACGGGCAAGAACAAGCGCAGUUGCAGGGACAACCACCGCAGCAGCCACGGCUACUGCCACAGUACUACCAUGGGGCAGACGCAGUGCAGGCAGCGCCGGAGGGAGUAUGGGGUCCGGAAGCCCCACAUAACUCAGGAGGCGUCUCGCCUGUGGAGGCUGGCGCUCAGGGGGGCGAAAGGGAUGGGCACGGGAGGGGGGUGAUGUUGUUCAGAGAGGGGAGCGAGGGCACGGUAGGGAGUGUGUCUGGUGAUGUGUGCGCGCGGUGUAAAGGUCAGGAGGGGGGAUCAGGUGGAGGGGGUGGCGGUGACGGUGACGGAGGGGGAGGAGGAACAAUAGGAGGAGCAGGAGGAGGGGCAGCAGGAGGAGCAGGAGGAGCGGGAGCAGGAGCAGGAGGAGGAGGAGGAGGAGGAGGAGGAGGAGGAGGAGGAGGAGGAGGAGGAGGAGGAGGAGGAGGAGGAGGAGGAGGAGGAGGAGGAGGAGGGGGGGGGGGGGGGGGGAGGAGGAGGAGGAGGAGGAGGAGGAGGAGGAGGAAAAAUGAGAGGCGACAAUGAGAGUAAGCCAAAGCUUUCUCUGGCAGAGCGGCUGGCAGCAGCGCUGGGGGAGGAGUACGGGGCAGACACAGGGGAGAAGGAGGAGACAGCCAAACCGGACGAGGACGCAGGGAGGAAAGGCAAGGGGAGAGGCCGGGGCAGAAAGCGGGAGAGAAGCAAACCGUCUACUCCUGCCAGUGGCACUGGAGGAGGGGGUAGGCUUGGGCAAGGAGAGAGGGAGCAGAGCGAUGGGGGGAGGCAGGGGAAGAGGUCGGCA